AUGACCAAACAACAAACUUCUGUAAUGCGUAACGCAUCUAUAGCCAAGGAAGAACGUGAAGGAUCUGAUAAUAAUAAUGUGGACAGAUCCAGCUCAGAUGCCAUCAGUGACAACGACGCAGAAAGAUCUAAUUCUCAUUCUGAAAUAGAUAACGAAUCAAAUUUUGAUAUGGUGCCUUAUUCAAGGUUCAGCCAUAAGCAAAAAAUGCUUCUUGUCGUUCAGUGUGCCUUCACAGGCUUUUUUUCAACCGUGGCAGGGUCUAUCUACUAUCCAGUGCUUACUAUUAUUGAGAGGAAAUUUAACAUCACAGAAGAGUUAGCUAAUGUCACUAUUGUGGUUUAUUUUAUUUUCCAAGGGGUGGCUCCUUCAAUUAUGGGUGGUUUAGCUGAUACAUUUGGAAGGCGGCCUAUUGUAUUAUGGGCAAUCUUAGCCUACUUCUGUGCCUGCAUCGGACUGGCAUGUGCACAUAAUUACGCCCAAAUCCUGGCUUUAAGGUGUUUACAGGCAGCAGGUAUUUCUCCUGUUAUUGCAAUAAAUAGCGGAAUAAUGGGAGAUGUAACGACAAAAGUAGAGAGGGGUGGAUAUGUUGGAUUGGUUGCAGGGUUCCAAGUUGUUGGAACUGCAUUCGGUGCAUUGAUUGGUGCCGGAUUAUCCUCGAAAUGGGGUUGGAGGGCAAUUUUUUGGUUUUUGGCUAUUGGUUCCGGAAUUUGUCUAGUUUUUUCAACCUUAUUGAUGCCAGAGACAAAAAGAACUUUGGUGGGAAACGGCUCCGUAACACCAAGGUCAUUUUUGAAUAGGUCUUUGAUAUUGCAUGUUGGUUCCGUAAAAAAAACAUUACAUUUAGACGAUCCUGACCCUGAGACCUUAGAACCACGUACUAGCGUGGAUUUUUUAGCACCUUUAAAAAUUUUGCACAUACGAGAAAUAGACAUUUUAUUGUCCAUUGCCGGCCUGCAAUUUUCCACGUGGACCACUCAUCAAACAGCCUUAACAAUUGUAUUGAGUAAAAAGUACAAUCUAUCUGUUGCAAAAAUAGGCCUGUGCUUUUUACCUGCAGGAAUCUCGACACUGACAAGUAUUAUCUCUGCUGGUCGGUACUUAAAUUGGAGCUACAGAACAAGAAAGGUUAAAUACAACAGAUGGAUUAAAGAACAAGAAUUACAGCUGAUGGAGAAAUAUAAAGGUGAUAAAAACAAGGUAGCAGAACUUAUUCACUCUAAUUCUCAUUAUGCAUUCAAUUUAGUGGAGGCAAGGUUGCAUCCAGCAUUUGUGACACUUCUUCUCAGUAGCAUUGGCUUUACUGCCUUUGGAUGGUGUAUUUCGGUGAAAACACCGCUUGCUGCUGUAUUAUGCACAAGUGCAUUUGCAAGUUUAUUUUCAAACUGUAUUUUGACCUUCUCUACUACUUUGAUAGUAGAUCUCUUUCCGUCUAAGGCUUCUACCGCAACAGGUUGCUUAAAUUUAUUUAGAUGUCUCCUAUCCGCAAUUUUCAUUGCAGCACUGACCAAGAUGGUCGAGAAGAUGAGAUAUGGAGGUGUUUUUACGUUUUUGAGUGCUAUAACUUCAUCUUCAUCGCUUUUAUUAUUCUAUCUCCUGAAGAAUGGGAAACAACUAUCGUUCGAUAGGAUUAGGGCAAAUGAUAAGUCGGCUGGAAGGUCAGUUGGUAAAAAUUCAGAAAAAGUUUCGACGUGA